AUGAGAGGAUUGACUGGCUUAUUGUAUGAGACAUCAAAAUUACACCCAGUAAAUGGAAUUACUUACAGAGGAAAGGACUUAAAUGAGAUUAUCAAGUAAAGUCCAAGAGCAUCAGGAGGUACUCAGCCCACCCCUGAAGGAGUACUCUGGUUAUUGUUGACUGGAGUCUACCCCAAUUAAGAAGAGGUUAAAACAUUUUAAGAAGAGCUAUAUCAAAGAAGUCAUUUGUCUGAUGAGACAGAGACUUUGAUUAGAAAUCUUCCAGAAAAAAUGCAUCCGAUGACGAAAUUUUCAAUAGGAGUGAUGUCUUGUCAGCCAGAUAGUAAUUUCGCGAAAGCUUAUCACAAAGGGGUACCCAAAAAGGAAUAUUGGGAACAUACUCUUGAGGAUUCCUUAGACAUCUGCGCUAAAGUUAUAUAAUUAGCAGCAGUCGUAUAUAACUCAACUUAUAAUAGAGGGAAGUAGCUUCCUGGGCCAGAUCAGGAUCUAGAUAUGAGUGCUAAUUUAGUUCAAAUGAUGGGUUUUAGUGAUAAAAGUUUCUAUGAUCUGAUGAGAUUAUAUCUGGUGAUUCAUGCUGAUCAUGAAGGAGGAACUGUAAGUUCUCAUACUGCCCAUUGUGUAAAUAGUGCUUUAUCAGAUCCUUAUUUAGCUUAUUCAGCAGCUAUGAAUGGGUUAGCAGGACCAUUACAUGGCUUAGCUAAUCAAGAAUCUCUUAAUUUCUUGUUAGAUUUUGAGAAAAGAUUUGGUCAUAUUUGGACAGACAACGAUAUUGCCAACUAUGUUGAGGAGAUACUCUCUGAAAGUAGAGUAAUCCCUGGUUAUGGUCAUGCGGUUCUGAGAAAAACAGAUCCAAGAUUUAUACAUUUGCUUGAGUUUGCUGAGAAAAAUAUCGAGGAAAAUAACUUGAUAAGAUUACUUAAUCAGUGCUAUACGGUGAUACCGAAAAUUUUAGAUAAACAUAAAAAGAUAAAAAAUCCUUGGCCAAAUGUUGAUGCAGGCUCUGGAGUAAUGCUGUUGCACUAUGGAUUGAAUCAUUAAGAUUUCUAUACUGUAUUGUUUGGUGUGUCAAGAGCUCUUGGAAUAAUGUCAUCCUUAGUUUGGAGUAGAGCUUUUAAUCUCCCUAUUGAGAGACCAAAUUCAAUCACUCUAGAUUUAUUAUUAGAGAAGGUAUCCAGUGGAAAAUGA